AUGGUCCAAAUGCGCCACGUUCGUCGUGAUGGCGGUCGCCGAGCUCUCCGUGUUGCCGUUAUGUCGUUUCUCGUACAGGUGAUUGUCGGGUCGAACGAUACGGACACUUGCGAUGAGAACUCUGCUUUGAGCACGAAGCGUAUUUCCGACUCACGACGGCGAAGGCCGCAACAUCAGAUCACGCGCCUCAGUCAGCGCGAUUUCCAGAAUGGCACCUAUCGCAUCAAAGAGUCCGGAAGGUACAUCUUGAUGGAGGACAUCCAUUUUGGCCCUCGACCGGAUAAUGAUUACUGGCCAGAACCCCAGGACCCCAACUAUCCAGCAAGUCAGUUCUAUCUCGGCUUCUUUGCUGGAAUCACGGUUGAGGCCGACAACGUGGAAAUUGAUCUCAACGGGCACACCCUCGCACAGCACAAGGAGUUCUAUCUCCUGCAACGAUUUUGGAAUGCCAUCGAGCUUGCCAAUCGUGUCUUUGUGGACAACGAGGGCGUGUCAUCGCUCAACUUUCAGGAGGGGGACAAGGAGCAGUUCCAGAGUGGGCGUGUCCCUGCCAUGCGGGGCGCACGCAAAGUCCACAUCCAUGACGGGACCUUGGGCUUGAGCUCACACUCUGGCAUACAUGGCAACAAUGCCAGCCAGGUGUACAUUGAGAACGUGAUCGUCCGGGAUUGGGAAGUUUCAGGAAUCCACCUGAAUGGUUGCCGUCGCUGCACCGUAAAGGGCUGCGAGGUUGGCCCGACAUCAUCUCAAGUGCCCGCCCGUGCAACCUUCUCCAAUGCUCGUUUCCUGGAGCUCUACACCUCCAGGCUCAAGUCUACAACACUUCUACAACAUUGCACGGCGCAUCACUGCACGGCAGUUCCUUGA